AUGGCAGACAAAGAGAAAGAUAAGGAUCCUAGUUCGGUUGAUGUACUAGGAUCUGAUGACCCAUACUUCAUACACCAUUCAGACAACCCUACUGCCGUUUUAGUUUCUCCACUUCUUUCUGGAGAUAACUACGGAACAUGGCUUCGUGCAAUGACCAUGGCGCUUCGCGCUAAAAAUAAACUUGGCUUUGUCGACGGUUCAAUCGAAGAGCCCAAGGAAACCACCCAACUACGUCAAUGGGAGUGCUGUAAUGACCUUGUCAGUUCAUGGAUCCUCAACUCCACAGAAAGUGAGAUCCGUGUUAGUAUUCUAUACGCACAAACUGCAAGGGAAAUAUGGAUCGAUCUACGUGAUCGAUUCACCCAGACUAACGCGUCGAAAAUCUAUCAACUGAAGCAAUCUAUUGCUAACACCACACAAGAAGACUCGUCAAUCUCCACAUAUUUUACAAAGAUGAAAGCGUUAUGGGAUGAACUCAAUUCCCUUUCUACUUUGAUGCCUUGCACUUGUGGCCAUGGGAAAGCUAAUGCAGCCCUCCAACAGCAAGAUCGUGGGAUGGAAUUUCUUCAAGGCCUUCAUGGGCGUUAUUCCGGUCUUCGAAGUCAGAUCCUACUAAUGGAUCCAUUUCCAAAUGCCACCAAGAUAUAUGCCUUAGUGCUACAAGAGGAGAAGCAACAAGAGAUACAUUCUUCAAGACCAUCCAUCACUACUCCAGAAGCUGCUGCUCUUGCAGUGAACUCAGCUCAAUAA